AUGUGAGACAAUAAACUCACACGUACACCGAAUGCAACCUUAUAAAGUCUCAGAAGCAGACAGUAUACUUCCACAUGCUUACGCGUAGUAUUUGUUCGAAUUCAAACAAUUUUGGUUCGUUUUUCCGAAGCGCUCGACUUCCUUUCCUCUCAUGAAAAUCUGCAUUUCUUCGUGAACCUUAAUUAGCUAUCACUUCCUUUUUUGUGAGUAUAAAAUUGAUGAGCAACACUUAUUAACAAUAAUCAUGGGCGAUGACGGUGUGUUCACGGUAGUGUCGGCUGAAGAGAAGCUGGACUGCAUUAUUUUUGGUGUCACCGGAGUCAUUGGAAGUCAUGUGUUGCUUGAGUUUGGGAAACGUUGUUUUGUAGAAAAUAGCUUAGAUUUGUCGUUCGGGAUUGCUGCUCGAAGUGCUACCGGAAUUCAAGAUGCCCUCGACAACCUGGCUGAGGCCAUUGAUCAAGAUGUCGAGAUACCUGACUUCGUUGCUGAUGUUGAAAACCCAGAAUCUAUGGAGAUCAUGGUUAGAUCCACGAAAGUUUUAAUCAAUUGCACUGCUCCAGGAUACGCGUCGACACUCCAAACAUGGAAUUCCAUGAUUGAAGAACUUUCUCGGUAUUCACUCCGGGAGAUGAUGAUGAGUGCACUGAGAGGAAAUGGCUCCCAACUGGCUCCAUCAUCCACUCAGGAAGCCGCAUCCGUUACGACCCUCGUGUCGCAAUUUCCGUUGGUUUCCGGCUGGGCCUUGCCUCUCAGCUUCAUUCAAACCAGCUCUUAUGCCAGGACGCAAGAAUACCUCGCCGACCACGGGAUGGUCCCUUUCAAGUGUGUCAUCAAGUCACAUUUCGUCACUUCGUCCAUACCUCGGGCUGUUCUAGCGUUCGCGUGGCUUUUCUUCAUCUUCUUCAUGACGAGACUUCGGAUCACUGUGCACAUCUUACGUUGGUUCGCGAACGUUUUUGCUUGCGGAAGGUUUCCAUCCAAGGGUCCAACGGAAUCGCAGAUGAAGAAUGCCAAAUUUGAGCAAUUAAUCAUUGGCUACGGAUCAGUGGAUCCAAGAGUGAAGAAAUCCCAGCACCUACAAACGCAGAAUCCUUUCAGAAUCGCCAACAAGAUCCGAACCGUCACCAUUUCAGGCGAUGACCCGAUCUUUGGAACAACGGCAAUUUGUGUCACUUCUUGUGCUGAAACAUUGAUCAAAGAGCCUAUGAGACUGAGUUCCUGCAAGACUAGUUUGUGCCACCCAGCUGUCCAGGAGGACAUUGCAGCAGCUUCUCAGCUGGAGACUGUCACCUUUCAUUUGGCCCUGCCAAUUUCUGACAGAAUGAGCUCCCCUUGUAAAUGUGAGCCAAGCAGGGAUCCUGAGACUUCCCAGAAGCACCAGUGGACAGACAACAACAUUGUUGAGAUACCUAUUACUGCAUCCACCAAGAAAGCUGCCAUGCAAUGUCAAGCUUUGGAGACCUGA